AUGCAAAAGCUUAUCGACGAAGUUGUCGGAAGGCUCCCGCCGCCCACCCCGACAGCACGCAGACGCCUGCUCCAGCAGCAGCUGCCGCCGAGGGCCGCCAGCCCUCCUCCCACCCAGUCUCCGGAAUGGGGUCCAUUUGCCCAUGCCCAACUGUGGCUGCUCACACUGGGACCCACACUGCACUGGCAAGAGGGUGGACAACACCACCUCGCCAACGGGGGUAAAAACGGCUACCGCCACCGCAUAGGCGCUGAGGCUGGAGAAGACACAGCAGCAGUAGCAGUAGCAGCGGCAGCGGGGCUCCCGCCGCCUCAGCACUUUGGCCCUGCUCAGGCUCGGCUACUGUCCAUGCUUCACUCUGCGGGCUGCGCGGUGGUGUCCUUCCUGCCGCCAGCCGCCUGGCUGCUGGCGGUGGCGGACGAUUCCGACCUUGCGCCCCUGCUGGAUGCCUUCCCGGACGUACGGCUGGCCCCGUACGGGCCCCCCAGCCUGCGUGUUGCUCCGGAGCUGGGUGCAGCACUGGACUUGUUGCGGCGUGCGGGUUCUGCGGUGGCGGAGCGGAUUGCGGGGGGAGAGAGGCUGGACCAGUUGAUGGAGGAGGCGCAAGCUGAGCAGUCCGACUUUGGCAGCCCCGAGCUUCUCCUGGUCGCGGUGUGCCCCGUGGCGCUGGAGGCCACUGUGGAGUGGCUGGCAGCUGCCCCGCAGUACUUCUCCAGCACGCAGCACCGCAAGUUGCGGUACUACCUGGCCCUGGUCCAGGACAUGGUGGAUAGCUUUGGCCACGGAACGCACGUAUCGGGGACAUUGGUCGGGAGCAGGUACGACAGAGCGAGCCCUACAGAUGAGCCGCUGGCAAUGGGGACGGGCCAGGCUCCCUCCGCCAAGAUCGCAUUCCUGGACCUGAGCAGGGGCAACUCGGACGGGGUGUGGACCCCCGGCGACCUGUACCGCUCGUACUUCAAUUUGACGUACCGCAUGGGUGCACGCGUCCACAGCGACUCCUGGGGCUCCGAGUUGACGGCGUACGACAGCAUGUCGGCCUCCCUGGACAGAUUCACCUUCACGAACCAGGACUUCGUGUCCGUGUUCGCAGCCGGCAACUAUGGCGACAAGAGUGCCAGCUCGGCCAGGGGCACCGUCACCUCACCCGCAGUGGCCAAGAACUGCAUCGCCGUGGGGGCCACCCUGUCCACGGUCCCAGUGAGCGGCGCCAUACGGCCCAACUGGUUUUCCUCAGUCACCAACAUGACGGCCAACCUAGACCUGGCGGGAGGCCAGCGCUUCACCCGGUCUGUUCGGGUGCUGAAGGCCACCUUUGGUGUGGAUCUGGAGGCGGCAGGACUGAGCAACUCACAGAUGGCAGUGGCAAGUCCUGAGACCGCGUGCACAACACUGGCGAACGCGGGCGCCGCGUCGGGCAAGGUGUUGCUGGUGCAGCGGGGCGGCUGCUACUUCACGGACAAAGCCCGGUUUGCUGCAGCGGCGGGCGCAAAGGCCAUCAUUGUAUACAACAACGUCAAGGAUAGCGGUUACUUCUCUAUGAGUCCGCCUUCCGACUACGUGCCUGGCAGCAUCAGUGUGGCUGCGGGCUCGGUGCCCCUGUCCACGGGCCUGUGGCUCAAGACUUCCGUGGCUGCAGGCACUGUGUCCCUGUUCUUCUCCAAGGUGCCCCAGACGGACUACCCGUCCUAUGAGGAUGUGGCGCCGUACAGCUCGGUGGGACCCACCACGGAUGGGCGGAUAAAGCCGGAUAUCGUGGCGCCAGGUACGCUGUGGUCGGCUAAUUCAAAUCGGACCAGCCCCGUCUUUGGCAGGAGCCCGUCCUGCGAUUCCAGUGUCGCCCUGACUAGCAUGUCGGGAACCUCAAUGGCAACACCGGUAGUGGCCGGGUCCGCCUUGUUGGUCCGUCAGUACUUCAUGGAGGGCUUCUACCCGGACGGCGUGCGUAACCCCGCCAACUCAUUCACCCCCAGUGGGCCCCUGAUCAAGGCGGUGCUGCUGGGGGGUGCGGAUCAUCUGACGGGAGUGGUUGCGGAUACGGGCAUGCCGCUGGAGGAGGGUCCCUCGUACCGCCAGGGCUUCGGUCGCCUCAGUCUGCUGCACUCCCUGCCGCUGGCCAGCAACCCCAUUAGCCCGGGGUGGAGGCUGCAGGUGGUGGAUGGCGAGGGCGCUUCCCUGGCUCAGAGCCAGCAGCACCAGUUCUGUGUAUCCGCCACGGGGGGCCCCCUGAGAAUCACCUUAGCGUGGUACGACUACCCGGGCGACCUGUCGGCUGCUCGUGCCCUGGUAAACAACCUGGACCUGCAGGUCCGGGCCGCAGGUCGCGGACUGAUGCUGGACUACGGGAACGGAGUGCAGGACAACGUCAACACGGUGGAGCAGGUAUGGUACGACGACUUGCCAGCGGGCGAUGUGGCCAUCACGGUCACGGCGGUCUCCAUCUUCCAGAAGGCCGUCAAGCAGCCGUACGCACUUGUCGUACAGGGCAAGUUCAGCGGCACCCUGCGCGCUCCCCGUAACAGCUCCGACUCCUCCACCGCCUUGAACACCUGCGCGGCCCAGAUGGUUGUAAUCUGGGACGAGCUGUCUUCAGCUCCCAUCACCAACUCCAGGAACGUCACCUUUUUCUUCGGCACCCAGGACAACAACACCCCCCAGGCAGGUUUCCAGUGCCGGCUGGUUUCGGAGGCAGUAGCCAGCAAUCAAACCGAUCCGUACGCGAGCUGGGCUAGUUGCGUCACCUCCAGCAGCUACCUUAACUUGAAGGAUGGGAAAUAUACGUUCCAGGUCCGUGUUUACGGCGAGCAGGUGGGCGCCACCAGGUCCGUCCUCGUGGACACGACCCCCCCGGUAGUCAACCUCACAUCCACCCUACCCGCCCGGGUGGGGAACCGAAUCACCACCGCCUCAGACAACGCCACCUUCAUUUUCGUCGCCGCAGACGCCGCCACGGCGGUCAACAUCUCCUGUCGUGUAGAGUUUGAAAACGGGCCCAAGGGCGGCACGACGCCGCCGUUUCUGAGGUUUGGCCCGCGCACUGCCGUCGCCGCGGCCUCGGGAAUCAGCGGCCGACCCGCGGGUCAGCUGGUUCCUGUGUGGCAAAACUUCCUGUGUGCCAGCCCGUUGGAGCUGAUUGGCAUGCUGUACGGUGACUACAGGCUGCUGGUAUCCGCGGUGGAUGCGGCGGGCAACCGGUUUGAUGCGGAUCCGGUGUCCUGGAGCAUCCGGUACAGCUCCAACACCACGUAUGCGCGUGUUGUCAGCGGCCCCCUGGGACUGGUGCCGGCCCGGGAUCUGCAGUACAAGGUUCUUGGGUUCAAUGGCGCAGCCGCAGCUACCACCCCACCCGAGUUGUUGGGGUUGCUGGGGGCGUACGAAUACACACAGGCGUUACAGCCCCCGGCUACCGCCGCAUCCACCAGGAGCAUCAGCGGCAGUAGCAGUGGCAGUAGUGGUUGGACGCUCCGUAGCAUUAGCGAGGGGGCCACUUGGCAGCCUCUGAGCGGGGGGAAUGUGACGGUGUCCAACCUGACUGACGGCAGCUACCUGGUACUGGUGCGGCCCUCGAGGAGCUCCGACCCCAUCACCUGGGGAGUGGCGGCAGUGCAGGUGGACACCACCCCGCCCUCGGUGGUUAUCACCCGCAAACCCAACGCCUAUCAGAGCGACUCGCAGGUGACCAUCAAGUUCGCGGGUGACGGCACGGACGACGACACGCGCGCGUUCUUCUGCCGCUGGAUGGGCACUCGGCUCACGGAGUCAGAACCCGACCCUAACACACCGGAGACUGUUGUGCCGUACUCGCCGUGUCGUGACAGUGUCACCUUCAACGUCACGGAAGGUCACUGGCUCUUCCAGGUUAAGGGCCAGGACGCGGCGGGCAAUAUCGGGGCGCCCGCCUCAGCGAGCUUUGUGACGGACCUGCAGCCUCCCAGCAUCCUCACCACCCUUCCGUACUUUGUCAACAACCCCUACGUGGAGUGGAACUACACACUCAGCGACACUGGCACAGGAGUGGCCAACUACUCGUGCUCCUUCCGCUACCUGAAGUUGAACAACGGUGCUGCUCCUCUGGACAGCAACGCCACCUUCCCGACCACCACAGACAAGAUGGACUGGCGGUCGCCCUGCCCGCCGCCUCCCAUCAGGUACGCGCUGAGGGAGGGGCAGUACCUGUGGUCCCUCGAGGCCACUGACGGCGCGGGGCUCAAAUCCUCCCUGGACAUCAACCUGUUCACAAUGACUGUGAUCUCCCGCGAUCUGCCCAUGACCAUCAACAGCGGCGUCGUGAAGCAGCUGUGCAGAAUCAACGCCACAUCCGCACCACCUCCCGCCCCGCCACCUCCCCCCCCACCCAUACCCCCGCCCUCCCCACCGCCGCCGCCGCCACCGCUCUCGUCAGUGUCCCCGUCCGGCGGUCGCACCUAUGCCUCCGCUGCAGCCUCCGCCAGUAGCACCACCACUACCACCAGCACCACCACCAGCACCACCACCAGCACCACCACCAGCACCACCACCAGCACCACCACCAGCAGCAGCACCACCACCAGCAGCAGCACCACCAGCAGCAGCACUCCGGACUCCAGCGGUGGUGUUGGUCCCCGGCUGCUGAACGGCUCCUCUAUUCGGCUGGACGAGUGGCACGAAUGCGACACGGGGGGAGACGCGCAAAACAUCUCCUAUGAGGGCUUCAGCUCCGGCUUCUACACCUUCAGCAUUCGCGCCCUGGAUGCCGCGGGCAACCUGGGCGACCCCGCGACGCCGUACUUCUUCCAGGUGGACGCCACCCUCCCGGAUGACGGGGUGGAAACCGUGCAGGUGAACCGCUCUGAGGGCGGCGGCAGCUCGGACAACACCAAGAAGAUCGUCAUUGGUGUGGCGGUGCUGGUGGCUGGUGUGCUGCUCAUCCUCAGUGCCGGAGCCAUAUGGGUCGGCAGGCGGCGGUACUUGCGGAAGCGCUUCCGCGCGACCGGCACACCACCGGCGACGGUAUCGACGCAUGACAUCCCCAUGCAAAACCUGCCGCCGCCGCCACCGCCGGCGGGCACCGUGCCGCCGUACACCAACGGUCAUGGGAACAGUAAUGGGUACAGCAAUGGAAGCCAUGCACCUCCGCUGGUCAUCUCGCCGCCGCCUGCGCCGCCGAUGGUUGGAGCGGUUACGCCAGCAGUGGCGUACUACCAUACGGUGCCGGUGCUGGGUGGCGGCAUGGUGGCGGGGGUUCCGCUGGCCACGGCAGAUCCCGCUCUGGCGGCGGCGUUGGCGGCGUCGUCAGCGGAGGAGGCCCAGCGGGCGCGGGCCGAGGAGGAAGAGCGGUUGCGGCGCGCAAUUGCGGUGUCUAUUGAGGAGGAAAACGUGCGUCGCGCCAAGGAGGCAAGUUUGGCGGCAGCGGUGGCUCAGAGCAGCGAGCAGGCCGACCUAGACGCCGCCAUCGCCGCCUCUAUCGCCACCGCGGAACGGGAUCGACAACGUCAGCAGCUACAGGCGCAGUGGCAGCAAUCGCCGCCGUCAGCACCUCCGGCUAGGUCGCCGCGGCCGCCGGACUACGACCUCAUUUGA